ACUUCGUGAAACUGUGUGCGUGAUCAGUGUCCUGGUGAUAAGAGCUGGAAACAUGGUAAACAUCUUUGUGUAUGGAACUCUUAAGAAAGGACAACCAAACUACCACAUUAUGACAGAUGGUAAGCGAGGAAAAGCGGUUUUUAAAGGCACUGGGAAAACCGCUGAAAAGUACCCACUGGUUAUCGCAGAGAAAGCCAACAUCCCAUUUUUACUUAACGUCCCAGGAAUGGGACACCAUAUUGCUGGAGAGAUUUAUUCAGUUGAUGACCAGCUGCUUAAGUUCCUGGAUGAGUUUGAAAGCUGCCCAGACAUGUACCAACGCACCCUCCAGAGAAUUGAAAUAGUGGAGUGGGAGGACAAAGAGGAUUCACCUGAAGAUAGACCAGAUGCUAACAGAAUUAUAGAAUGUUUUGUCUACAGCACCACAAGCUACCGGCCAGAGUGGCUUAAUCUCCCUUACCACGACUGCUAUGAUUCUUUUGGGAAGCACGGCCUUGUUUAUGUUAAUCAUCUGGACAGAUGAUAAAAACAGAAACAUAAAGAAGAAAGAAAAUAUUGCAUAUCCUACAACCACAAAAGAUCCCAGCAUGAUGAUCACAAACGUCCUUCCAACAGGAAAAGGGUUUUGAAGGACAAAUGAUUAAAAUGUAACACCUGGUCACGUAUGUUUGCUAAUAAGAUAUUGUGCUAUGUAGUCAAACAUAUACAUAUAUUUGUACUAAAUGUGGAUCAGGGUACACAAUACCUAAGCAACAAAACAUAACCCUGUGCAAAAUCAUGAAAAUGUAACUUUAAAGGCAAAAUCUUUAAAGUGACCAAAUACUUGGAACUGGGAUGCAUAACAUAAACGUCUUAUGUUUGGGAUAAGUAAUAUGAUUUUAGAUAUUUUUGUAUAAUAAUUAUAUAUAUUUUAUACCAACUAAAUAAUUGAGGCUGGUGUUUUGUCAAUAGUUUUUUUCAAUGGGAAAUUUACAGGGACAAAAUGUCACAGUGAUCUGUUUAUUACAAUAUCUGUAAUAAUGCAAUGAUGACCAGGUCAAUGGAAAUCAAAGAAAAUAAACAUCAUUGCAAAUGGGGAUGGAAAUUAACUCUCUUAAAUCUAAUGUUAGUUCAGUUGAGGCGGAUCUGUUUCAUGGGUUUACAUUGUACGCCAACUACUUUAAACGCACAGCUGCUUGAAACUGUAUGUAAUUUAAGAAAAUAUUUAAAUAAUUAUGCAAAUACAUGCAUUCAUUUGAAAAAGGAUCUCUUAAGACAUGUUUGUGAUGCUAUAAUUUAACAUAACUAUUUUAGAAAGUAUGAAAGUUAUAAUUAAGGCAAUCCACUGAACAUUAGAAGAGACCUGGGUAAUCACUGAAAGUGUUGUGUCAGGAGAACAAGAAAAGACACAAUAAAAGAAGACAUUGCCUUUUAUUUAGAGAUGGUAAAAAAUGGUGGUCGUUGUCUCCUGGGUGUUCAUUUUACGAGCAAUGGUUGUGCUGCAGCCUCCAUAGUUCAUCUUCCAAGCCAUCCACUGCCCAACUACUGCUGCAUUCCUUGAAGCCUUUCCUCUAGGCACAUAUCAAGCUUCAAGCGUUUUAUUAUUUAUCAAAAUACUAUGUGUUUUCAAAGCCCAAGGUCCAUUUGUCGGGUGAAGUUAGCUUCUGGUGCUUCGAAGUGCCAAAUAAGGCCAGCGUGUAAGGGAACCAUGACACCGGGGAAGGGCUUAGGGGCGCCCUACAUCUAUAUUUCAGUUAAAAACACAAUAAUGUUUUCUUUGCAUCGGUUUGUCUUUUGACGCUUUAGAAAACUUUACUCUUUGAUUUUGCAGUAAUUCUUUUUUGAUGUAUAUAUAAUGCCCCCCCAUUGUGAAUGUUCCUACUAAUAUGGGUCCCUAUAGCUUUGGUUAUCAUGGUGAUGAGUUUCUGCCAUUAAAACAAAGUCUUAUUCUG